AUGAACCAAAGUACUAAAGAUAAAGAUCCAAAACGUGGUACGAUUGAAUAUAUUGAACAUGGAUAUUAUGAAGAAGGAUUAUCCAUGCUUAAUAAAUGUUUGGAAACUCAAAAGCGCUCAUUACCCGAUGAUCAUCCAUCGCUUGUUGCCACUUACAAUCAUAUUACUUUAGGACUUUCCAAAUUAGAAAGAUAUUCAGAAGCUUUUGACAUUGGCAUGAAAGCUCUCAAUAUUGCUACUAAACAAUUGGGCGAUGAACAUGAACAGACAUGUUAUCUGCGAGCCAUGCUCCAAAUGAUUGCUGAUCAAAUGGAACCACACCCCCAAGACAAAUUUAGAAUGAUGCCAAUCAAGAGAGGUCGUCUAUUUAUUCUUUCGCUUUCAUUUAUUAAGAUAUGUGGGGCUAUUCGCCGAAAUGAUAAAAAAACCAAGAAUGAUGUCUAA